GAUUUGGUUUUUGUGAUGGUUCUCUGCCGUUUUUUCUUUCCAGUUUUCUUCGUCGCCCCGUCAACAUUUCCCCUUUCUCUUCUUCGGGGAAAAAAAAACAUUUCCCCUUUCCCUUUUAACUCCUAUUCCCACCGCUCCCCCUUAUCUCUCUCGUCUCCUUCGUUCCGAGCCCUAACCCUAAGCCUAAAUCUCGCCGACCGAUCGUCUCUGCUCCUCUCUUUGUUAUUGGAUCAUCUCUUCUCUGUCUCUUUUCUAUUGGCAACGGAGUUCCGAUCCGGUCGCUCGGAUGUUCUGCUCGACGUUUUGGAGUGGUGCUUUUUGUGCAGAAAGUGUCGGGAAUUUAGCUCUCAAGAAAGGGUUCUGAAGGUGCACAUUUCAAUGUGUUUGGAGCUUAAAAAGAUACUGGAUAGUGUUGUUACAAUUCUUCCUGCAAUAGAAUCGGCUCGGCCAGGGUACUCAUCUGGCAUACAGGAGUUAUGUUCUUUAAACAAUUCAAUUGAGAGGGCCAAGCUACUUCUUCAACAUUGUGCAGAAUCUAGCAAGCUGUACUUGGCAAUAACAGGGGAAGCAACUUUGUUAAGAUGCGAAAGGAUCAGAAGUGCAUGGAAUCAAAGUUUUUGUUGCAUUCAAAAUAUGGUUCCACCAUUGUUAGCUUCUCAGAUUUCUGAAGUCCUUGAUUGUCUUAGAAAAGCAAAUUUUGUCAUCGAUUCUGCGGAAGAGGUGGCUGGCAAAGUUUUGCUAGAACUGCUUCAGCAGACUAAUGCAAGUGAUGAUUUAGAACUUGAAGCCUUUCAGAUUGCAGCUUCAAAUUUGAACAUCACAUCUCCAAAAGCUAUUUUGAUAGAAAGAAGAGCCAUAAAAAAGCUACGAGAUAAGAUCCGUGGUACUGAUUCUAAAAAAGAGAAGCUCUUGAGCUAUCUUCUGCAUCUCCUAGAUAAGCAUGGAAGGAAAAUGAGGCCUGAUAUUUGUGAGCACAAAGAGAAUGUCAAUGCAGAAAGUAAGUGCCCGACUCCAGGCAUAAAUUUUGCAUGUGAUGCUGAUAACUCUGAAAACAACGAUGAGCCUACUGAUCAUGGUGAGGCUCAAGCUGAUCUAUCAAGAACUAUUGCACCUCCUGAGGAAUUCUGUUGUCCUAUUUCAUCAAGAUUGAUGUUUGAUCCCGUGGUUAUUGCUUCCGGGCAAACAUAUGAAAGGAUAUGGAUAGAAAAGUGGUUUGAUGAGGGACAUGAUAUAUGUCCUAAGACACAAAAGAAGUUAGCAAACUUUUCUAUGAUUCCAAAUUCUUGUAUGAAGGAUCUCAUAUCCAAUUGGUGCAGUAAGCAUAGCGUUAGUGUAAUGGAUCCAUGCUCACAGCCUAUCCCCGCAGCUUGUAGCUCUUGGGAACCUUCACAUUGCAAUUCCAUAUCAAGUUUGAAAAAUGUUUCUGCACCCCUAUUAGAUGGCAAAACUGGAGAUUUCAUAGUUCAAAGUGACCACAGCAAUGUAUCAUUUAUCUCUUCUGAUGCUAGCUACUGUUCAGAUUCAUUCCAUGUUAGGGGUAUUGAGAACCCAAGGGAUAAAUGUGCGCAGUUGUUCCCUUGGAGUGACGACUAUCAAAAGUGUCAAGCAUUUUCGAACUUUAACCAUGACAUGUUUCUGAGAUUCUUUUGUGGACUCUCUGAACUUUCAUUGGACUUCCAAGGCAAAGCAGUGGAAGAUGUGAAGAUCCUUUUGGAAGGGGAUGAAGAGACCUGCUAUGCUAUGCUUUCUAACGGUUUUGCAGAAGCACUGAUGGGGUUUUUGAAGAAUGCACGUGAUAUGUCUGAUGUCCGGGCACAGAGAACUGGAGCUCAACUUUUGCUUGCUUUUCUAAGUAACAGCAGGGUUGAAAUUCCGUCCUUGGGUGAAGAUGUGUUUCAGUGGUUGGCAUCAUUUCUGGAUUCUGAAAUAACAACAGAAGCUUUGAUGAUAUUCCAGAAGUUGUCUCAUUUUCCAAAGUGUAGACCUGACAUUGUGACCUCUGGCAUUGCUUCUUCAGUUAUAAAAUUCCUAGAUUCGGAAGACACUGAAUUUCUAGAGCUUGCCGUGAAAAUCCUUUGUGAUUUGUCACUUCACAAUGAGGUAAAAUCUUCGAUUUUAUCCGCUGGAAGCAUAUCAAAACUGGUUUCCCUUUUGAGUGACCGAAGACUAGCACUAUUUUGCUUAAAAAUUAUGCAAAACUUAAGUGAUGAUGAAGAGGCAGCAGCAUUGAUUGCCGAAACCAAUGGAUGCCUUGCUGCUAUUGUAGAACUGCUUGAUGCUGGCACUUGUGAAGAACAAGAAUAUGCUGUCACCAUCCUACAUUCUGUAUGUACUCACAGUUUCGCAAAUUGUCUGCUGGUGCUGAGAGAGGGCGUGAUUCCAGCUCUGGUUGAUAUAUCCGUAAAUGGGAAUGCCGAGGGAAAGGAGAGCGCCAUGAAGUUGCUUCAUCUUUUAAGAGAUGUCAGGCAUGCUGAGUAUCUUGACAGUUCAUGUCCCCAGUCUGAAACCUUACCUGAACCAGCAGAGGAUUCCAUUGAAUGCUCUGCAAGCAAAGAGCCGAUUUCAAAAUCCUCUGGUUUCUUCAGAAAGAAAAUGAAAUUAUUCUCAAAGCCUAGAUCCCUGGCGGCUCUAUUUUAAGCAGUUAGCAAGAUUUCCUGGUCCAAUAGACUUUGUACAUAUUUCUUACGUGACCGGUUUGUGUUUUUUGCUUUUUUUUUUAAUUAGGCAAGCUUAAAUCCUGUUAGGCCAGGGAAGGUUUUUGUUGCAAUACUUCGUGGGAUGCAUAUCCCGCAUGUAUCGACCAUUAGUUUGCCAGUUGUAUGUAACUUUCUUUUUUUUUUCCUCUAUACUCCAUGAAAAGAAUGUAUAGUCGUGGCGUUAUUUUUGGUUACAAAGGCUCCUUUUUAUUUGUAAUCCCUUUUUGACGGUUUGCUGAAUACUAUUGAGUGAUGGAAUAUGUGAAUGGAUUCCUACA